AUGGUAAGAAUAAGAUUUUGUAAUGGUCAUAAAUUUAAGAAAUCAGAUAUCAUCACUCUUGAACUGGAGCCUUCUAAUGUAUAUGAUAAAAAUGUGAUAAAAGUUAUAGUAGAUGGAGUUCAUAAAGUCUAUGUGAUAAAGAAUGAGAAUAACUAUAACCAAUCAGCAUCUUUAAAUCUUGAAUAUCCUUGGAUAGUCUGUGAAAGAUAUCAUGAUAUACUACAAGCAUUGAGAGAUUAUGACUAUGGCUAUUAG